AGCCAGACGACAGAACCGCCCUCGACGCAGUUCGGGAUUCGCGCGAGAGGUGUCGCUGCCAGGCUGCCAGCAGCGUCGGCACUCUCGACCGCCGAAGGAUUCUACAGAGGCUCCUCCGUUCUCCGUGCCGUCGCGUCUCAACUGGGUCGGCGCCAACUCGCCCGGGAGAGUUGGUUGAUCUGUGGAGUCCCCGGAAGGAAGAAGCCGAGCAUGUGAUGAAGCAGGAAAUGGGUUCCGGGCCCCGGCGCACGCGAUCUCAGGCGGCUCCGGACUGGAGUGCUGGCAAUUUGCUAAUUCUUGUGAAUGAGAUCGCAGCGGUCGAAGGGGAUUGCUUGAACGCGCUCUCUUCUUACCAGAAAUGGGAAAUAAUCGCGGAGAACUGCACCGUGCUGGAUGUGGAUAGGACUUCGAAUCAGUGCCGCAGGAAAUGGGAAUCCCUGCUUGCUGAGUACAGAAGGGUUAAGCAGCACGAGUCACGGUCGGGCGUCAAUUCAUAUUGGUCUCUGGGACGUGAUAGAAAAAAGGUUUUGGGCCUUCCUGAGACUUUUGAUAGAGAAUUGUUUGAGGCCAUCAAUAAUCUUCUUAUGGCGCGGGAAGAUAGAGCAGAUACAGAGCCAGACAGUGAUCCAGAAGCAGAAGGUGACACACUUGAAGCCGCUGUUUGCAAAUCUGUUUCUAAAAGGAAAAGAAAAAAGUCUCGGCACGUCAUUGUGAUGCGGGAGCAUCCACACCCCAUCACGCAUCACAUUGUCCAAGGAUUGCCCACAACGAGCCCAUUAAAGGAUAAAAGUACGAAAUCCAGUGUCCCCGGGGAGUGCAGUGAAAAUAUCUCAGGUUCCAAAAGGAAAAGCGGGAGAAGCCUGAAAAGCGGGAGAAGCCUGAAAAGCAAGAGAAACAAGAAAAGCAAGAGAAACAAGAAAAGCAAGGAGUCUAUGUCCCCAAAAAUCGUCGUGCAAGGACUGCCCACGAUGAGCCCAUUAAAAGAUAUCACAAUGGCACUGCCAACUACGAGCCCAUUGAAGGACAAUGCUAUGGAACUCGACGUCCCGGAAAAGUGCAGUGAAAAUAUACUGGAAGAAAGGCCUCAAACUUGUCGUGCAGAUGCCAACGUGACGCCUGUGGAGAACCCCAAGGGAAAGAAGCUCGAGGAAAGCGGCGUCGAAGAAUCGGGGAAAACGAGCGAAGAUGAGCAGGAGCAGACGAUGGCCUCGACAUUGCGAAAGAAUGCGGAGCUGAUCCAACGAAUCGCAAAUGGGGGUCUGGCAGAUCAAGAGUGCAUCGAGAACUCGAGAACUGAGUUCAUCAGAAGGCAAGGCGAUGAGAUUAUUGCGUGCCUUGGAACUAUCAUAAGCAACCUUAACCAGCUCUGCGGAGUAGUUCAAGUCAAAGGAUGCGACUAGUUAUUGCAUGCCUGUAUAUAGUUUGGGAUUAUUGCGUGCCUUGGAACUAUCAUAAGCAAACCUUAACCAGCUCUGUGAAGUAGUUCAAGUCAAAGGAUGCGACUAGUUACUGCAUGCCUGUAUAUAGUUUGGGAUUCUGCAUCUAGAUGCUUGACAUGUUGAAAUGAUUUAGGGGCAAGAAUCUUGACGUCUAAUAUCUCAUUGUCUUUCAGA